AUGGACCACCCAGACACCCAGCAACAAGCCCCCUUGAUAUCCAACCGGGACCAUGAGGAAGACUACGAGGACGGCCUCGACGAUGCCGUCGGGCGGGCAGCCUCUCUCGAGGCCGGCAAGGCCUCGUCCCCGGGCCUGUUCAUGUGGCUGCUGACCUUCUCCGCUGGGAUAGGCGGGCUUCUAUUUGGAUACGACACGGGCGUGAUAUCAGCGACCCUCGUCUCGAUCGACACCUCCCUCUCCAACAGGGCCCUGACCUCCCUCGACAAGUCGGUCAUCACCUCCGCGACGGCCCUCUUCGCCCUCCUCGUCUCGCCCGCCUCCUCCGUCCUCGCCGACCGCCUGGGCCGCAGGCGCGUGAUACUCCUGGCGGACGUCCUCUUCGUGCUGGGCUCGGCCCUGCAGGCGGCCAGCUCGAGCGUGGCUGCGAUGGUGGCCGGGCGUGCCGUUGUCGGCGCCGCGGUCGGGGCCGCCUCGUUCGUGGUGCCGCUGUACCUGGCGGAGCUGUCGCCCGCCGCGUUCCGGGGGCGCGUCGUCACCAUGAACAUCUUCUUCGUCACGCUCGGCCAGGUCGUCGCGUAUAUCGUCGGGUGGGGCUUCGCCGAGUUUGGGUCCCAGGGGACGGGCUGGCGCUGGAUGGUCGGGCUCGGGGCGGCGCCCGCCGCGCUGCAGCUGGCGCUCGUGGCCGGCAUGCCCGAGACGCCGAGAUGGCUGGUCAAGGCCGGGCGGGUGGACGAGGCGCGGGCUGUGGUGCGGCGCGUCGCUGGGAGCGGGGCGGGAGCUGCUGCCGAGGCAGACGUCGUUCUCAAGGACAUCGAGGCCGAGGUGCGCGACGAGGAGCAGGCGCAGAAGGCCCGCCGCAGGUCCCCUGCGCUGGGCCCCCGGGCGCAGUGGCUGGACGGCUGGGACGAGCUGCUCGCCGUGCGGAGGAACCGCCGCGCGCUGGCCAUCGCCUGCCUGCUGCAGGGCCUGCAGCAGCUGUGCGGAUUCAACUCCCUCAUGUAUUUCUCGGCCACAAUCUUCAAGCUCCUGGGGUUUGACAGCCCGACGCUUACCUCGAUGGUGGUCGCGGUCACGAACAUGCUCUUUACGGUGGUUGCGCUAAUGGUGAUCGACAAGGUCGGCCGGAGGCGGAUCCUGCUCUGCUCGAUCCCAUUCAUGGUGCUGGGCCUGCUCCUCUCGGCCUGGGGGUUCUCGAUGAUGCAGCUGUCGACCUCUACUUUUGCGGACACUCCCAAGGGUGCAGCGCCGCCCGCCCCCGCGCCGGCGCCGAGCCACGGGGCGGCGGUGGUGGUGCUCACGUCGAUCAUGCUGUACGUGGCAGCGUACGCGAUCGGGCUGGGCAACGUGCCGUGGAUGCAGAGCGAGCUGUUCUCGCUGAGCGUGCGGUCGCUGGGCAGCGGGGCGGCGACGGCGACAUGCUGGGCGGCCAACUUCGUGGUCGGGCUGAGCUUCCUGCCGCUGAUGGACGCGCUGUCGCCGACGUGGACGUUUGUGCUCUACGCCGCGGUGUGCGUGGCGGGCAACUGGGUGGUCUACCGCGUGUACCCAGAGACGAGCGGGCUGAGCCUAGAGGAGGCGGCUGCUCUCUUAGAGAGGGACGACUGGGGCGUUGAUGCCCGAUGA